AUGCCUCCGUCGAACACAGCAGCGUGCAGUCCAAUCAGCGGCGGUGCUACGACCACGUGGCCAUCAUUCACGUCCCCCUCCCCAAGGCCUCCCCCGACCCAUUCCCCGCGCCCGCGCGGGCCCCUUUCCCCGCGCCCAGGCGCUGGCGGAGCGGCUUCCGCUGCUGUCUCCCCCAGCAGGCGGCGCUGGCGGAAGGGGCUGCUCGUCGCGAACGGGCUCGCCGCGCUUUACGGCUCCGCUUGCGCCGUGAAUCGCGUGGCGGAAGCAGCGCCCACUCAUAUCACUGACGUCGCCCCGCAUUUCGCGCCGCAUCUCGCGGCCGUCAUGGAUCACGUGCCCUCCGAAUUCGCCUCGCAGAUCCGAUUCGCCGCAGCGGCCCUCCCGUUCGCACCCGCCGCCAUCAGCACCUUCGCAGUCACAGCAGGUCGCAUGGGCGACGGUGCGCGACGUGCGACGACCGCGUCUGCCCAAGUAGCGGCGUUACAGCAUCAGGGUGUGCUGGAAUCAACCGGGACAGGCGGGCCCGAUAACGGAGAUGCUUCGCCGCCGGUGGAGGAAACGAAUUCGUCAUCCAAACAGCAUUCAGAGUCCUCGGCGGUGGUAAUGGCGGGGCUGGAGCUUGCAGCCUACAGCUUCCUGGGAGACCUGCUCUCGCAGUUCACCAACGCCGAUACCGCCUCCACUCCAAUGCUCCUGCUGCUCUCGCUGCUCAUCCUUCCCGUCCUCCAACUCACCGACCAUCUCCGCCAUGGAACGGCCAACGACUCUGCCGUUCCAAGCAACAGCAGCACCACACGCACGUCGCGCGCACCGCUCGUAUCCGCCCUCAUCGCAAUGGUGGCGAUCGUUGCAGCCAGCGGGGCCACCACAGGAGGCGCCGCUGCAGCUCCUUCCGCUCUUCUCACCACCCUGGGGCAAUCCCUGUCCCUGUCAACCCCUUGGCCCGUGCUCGCCUGCCUUCUCUCCCUCCUCUCCUUACUCCGCUGCGAGGCCCACUGCACCCGCUUCGACCCGCUCGCUCUCACCGCUGUCCAGACCUCCUCCCUCGCCUCCCUCUCCCUCCUCUCCUCCCUCCUCUUCAACCUCCUCUCCUCCUCCCCAGCCUUCCCACGCAGCAUCCUACCGGAAACCCUCACCAGUGCCACACACGUGGCAGGCACCAGUGGAGCAGCGCUGCUUCCACUGAUAUAUAGCGGACUCGUGUGCUCCGGGCUUGGCACGUGGAUGGAAAUGAACUGUCUGCAAGACCUACCAGCACCGGCUCUCAUGUUAAUAUUCACCUCUAUUCCAGUCUGGGGAGGGUUGCUGGCUGCGUUGGCGCAGGGAGAGGUGCCAGAGGCAGGGCUAGGUGUGGCUGGGCUCGUGAUAGCUGCUGUGAAUGCCGGUGCAUGGGCUCUCAUGUCACGCCAUGGCACUGCCGUUGCUUCUGAGACCAGCAGUAGCAGCAGCGGUCGCAGUGGCGGCACAGGCAGCUAUGCAGAACAUGAGAGCUUUGCUGUGCAGGAAAACGGUCCGGUUGCAGCAAAGGCUGCAGAGAAUAGUGCGGAGAAAACAGCCGAGAGUGCUGCCCCUGUUCCAGUGGAACAGUUGAGCAACUCCCUGGUAGCGUCUCAGCUAAAGGUGCCUUUUUACUCCACCAAGGCUAAGAGCCUGCUGCUCAAACUGAAACUUAAAGCCAAGGUGGCUGGAGCUAAGGUGCUGGGAGGGAAACUGGGCGUGAAAGCAGCAGCUGCUGGUGCGUACAGUGCCUCCCAUGUGCUGACAUCGGCCGUGGGGAGUGGGAGUUUUGGCGCGGGUACUGCUGAUGCUGCUGCAGCUGCUGCUGCAGGCACGGUGGACGCCCUGUCUUCGCUUGGUGGUGGUGUGGUCAUGCCAUCUUUUGUCAGCAGCAGCGGCAGCACCAUCGGUAGCAUCGGCGGCAGCAUGUCGUUUGUGCACCACGCUCCUAAGGUCAUGCUGAGCGUCCUUCCAGCCACUCCUCCUGCUGGGCUUUUCUCCUCCGUGCAUCUGCACGGUCUACUUCAUGUCCUUCCCUCCUCCAUUUCCCACCUUAACAACCCGUUUCUGGCGGAAAUCUACCCAAUCCGCGAGGCGGAUGAGGCAGGCAGCGCAGGGAAAGGGAAAGCAGGAAGAGAUGGCAUCAGCCAUCCCCCACACGCGAAUAGUGCCGACCAAUCAGCAAACGCCUUGCAAUCAGCAUCAGCAUCCGCCCAGGAAUCGGCAUUCCCUAUGCCGCCUCCUCCCAAGCCCCCUGCGCUCACGCGCUCUCUCUCCCUCCUAGACCUUAUCCUCCUCGGCAUCGGCGCUUCCAUUGGCUCAGGCAUCUUCGUCGUGACAGGUGUCGCCGCGCGAUUGGCCGGGCCGGCCGUGUCCUUAUCCUUUCUCCUAGCAGGCCUGGCUUCUCUCCUAAACGCGCUCUGCUACGCGGACCUUGCCGCCCGCUUCCCCGGCCGGGUGGGCGGCGCGUACCUCUACGCGCACGCGUGCCUCGGGCAGCUCGCGUCGUUUGUCCUGUUCUGCCACUUGGUGCUGGACUACCACGUGGGGGCGGCAGCGAUUGCCAGGAGCCUGGCGAGUUAUUUGGCGUCAUUGGUGGAGGUGGCAUCUGGUGCAGGCCUACCUGCCGUGCUCGCACCAGGAGGCAUGCCUGUUUCCAUCCCCUUGCCGUUUGUACCCACACUGGACCUCUCGAUCAAUCUCGUCGCGCCAGCUGUCCUGCUGCUCAUCUCGUGGCUGCUGUGCCGCGGUGCGAUGCUAUCCGCCUCUGCACUCGUCUUCUUCUCCUACAUCGGAUUCGAUGCCGUCGCCAACACAGCAGAGGAGUCCCUCCAUCCCCGCCGCGACGUGCCCCGCGGCCUCCUCCUAGCCCUCGCCGCCUGCGCUCUCCUCUACGUCUCCGUCUCCCUCGUCCUCACCGGCAUGGUCCCGUACACCCUCCUCGACCCCGCUGCACCGCUCUCCACCGCGUUCGCCUCCCUCGGGCUGCGUUUCAUGGAGAGGAUUAUCGACUUGGGGGCGGUGGUGGGGUUGACAACAACGCUGUUGACUGGGCUGUAUGUGCAGUCUCGCAUGUAUCUGGCCUUGGCUAGGGAUGGGAUGCUACCCGUGUGGUUUCUGCAGGUGAACGCGGGGAGCCAUGUGCCGGUGCAUGCGCAGUGGUGGGUGGGGGGAGUGGCGGCGGCAAUGGCGGCGGUGUUUGACGUGGGGAGGCUGUCGCAUAUUCUGUCGGUGGGCGUGUUACUGAGUUACUCCAUAGUGUGUAUGUGCGUGCUGGCGUUGAGGGUUGAGUCGUACCGUGGAGGGGGGAGUGGCUGUGUUGGUGUGGCGGAGGAAGGGGAAGAACGAUUGGAUGAUGCACUUUUGGCACACGAGGAUAUACCAGCAGGGUCUAUGAAACCAGUCACUAGAAGCAGGAUGACUGGUGGCAGUGGCUCAUCUGCUACACACAUUCCGCCACCUCCGCAUUGGAUCGCCCAAUGGGGUGGCGACAAGUGGCAUGAGGCUGUGGUGUUUGUGUGUGCCUUAGUCGCCUGCGUCCUUGCCUUGGGAUUCGCCACAAGUGUGCCGGCGUCAGGGUUUGCGUGCCCGUGGGUCCCGUUUGUGCCACUUAUGGGAAUUUGUGUGAACAUGUAUCUGCUUGCGCAGACCCACAUGGUUGCAUGGGUGCGGCUGUUCGUCUUAACAGUGGUGGCGCUGGUUGGAUUCUGGUGGAAUGUGAGGCGAUCAGUACAAGGAUCUUGUGGUUGA